CGAAAAUGGUGUUUGUUCCUGCAAUGCAUUGAACCUAGUUUUUGCGGCUAGUAGAAACGGUUUCAAAAACCAACUUUUAAGAUUCGUGAUUAUUAUUGUAGUAAAUUAAUUUAGUUUCAUGAUUUUAUACUGUGUAUAAUCUUUUAUCCAUGGAAGACCUUUGUUGCCGCGCAAUCAAUCUUCGCUGUAUGCGUUCCCUAUAAUUUCCGUGAUAAUUUUACAUUUUUUAUAUAAGUUUUCACAAGAAUAUUUUGCCAUUAUUACUGUUAAUUAAAUUUAAAUAAGUGUUCCACUCAAUGUAGCCAUUUAAUUCAAGACGAUAAAGUUUAACGUAUGUUGCUAUUUUCAUACCUAAAGAUAUAUUAAUAAACAACAAAAUGCAGGGUGAUGAUCCUCCAUACCUACCUGUAGGAACUGAUGUUAGUGCAAAGUAUAAAGGUGCUUUUUGUGAGGCAAAAGUUAAGAAGGUAGUGCGCAACAUAAAAUGCAAGGUAACUCUGAAAGCUGGAGGAAUAACAACAGUGAAUGAUGAUGUUAUUAAAGGAACCUUAAGGGUUGGUAGCACAGUGGAAAUAAAGCAGGAUCCAAAGAAAGAUCCCAUUGAAGCAGUCAUUACUAAGAUACAGGACUGUAGCCAGUAUACUGUUGUUUUUGAUGAUGGCGAUAUAACAACAUUGCGUAGAUCAGCACUGUGUCUCAAGAGUGGGAGGCAUUUCAAUGAAAGUGAGACACUGGAUCAGCUGCCACUUACACAUCCAGAACAUUUCUCCACUCCUGUGAUAGCUGGCAGGAGAGGAAGACGUGGAAGAGCCCAGUCAGAGGAGAGUGAGGGCGAAGGCCCAACACGUCGCGUAAAAGCUGACAGCACUGAACGCGAGCCGCAUGUCGGUCGCGUAGUGCUUGUAGAAGCCGCUAGUGGGGCGGAGCGCCGGCGUCCCCACCAACCGGCCUUCCCUGCACUUGUUGUAGCACCCACGGCACAAAUCAAGGUCAAAGAGGACUAUCUGGUGCGCUCAUUUAAAGAUGGAAGAUACUAUACAGUGCCAAAGAAAGAGGCAAGGGAAUUCCGCAAAGGCAGUGCUCCACUAGAAUGGUGUGGUGUAGAAGCUGCUUUACAGUAUCUUAAUAAUGGGGUACUUCCACCACACUGGGACAGAGAUUCAUUGUUUAAUGAACCUAGAAACACUUCAGAUGAUAGUUCUGAUGAUGAGCCUCGUGAAGAAAAGGACCAUUUUGUGGCGCAACUAUACAAGUUCAUGGAUGAUCGCGGAACGCCGUUAAAUCGAAACCCAACUAUCGCAAAUAAAGACAUUGAUCUUUAUAGAUUAUUUAGAGUUGUACAAAAGCUUGGAGGGUAUAAUAGAGUGACAAAUCAAAAUCAAUGGAAAACAAUUGCUGAUAAAAUGGGAUUCCACCCUGUUACUACAAGCAUAACUAAUCUCUGCAAGCAAGCAUAUAAAAAGUUCCUACACAGCUUCGAAGACUUCUACCGCAAGCUGGGCGUGACGCUGGUAGCGCACCCGCGCGGGGCCCGCACGCCGCCCGCCGGCCGCAGCCUCAUCCGCGACCGCGACAAGCUGCCGCCCGCGCCCGCCACGCCGCCCGCCACCCCCACAACGCCAGUUAACUCCGCGCCGCCCCGUGCAAAAGACAAAGAUUCUGAUAAAAGUGAAACUGAUAAGAGUGAAAAGGAUGAAAAGGUCGAUAAACCAAAAGAGAAAGCUCCCUGCGCUAGCGAUGAAGAAGACAGCGCUGACAAUCAGCCUCUAGUGCCAACCUGCACAACUCCCAAAUUACCCGAGAAAGAAAAAGAAAAGGAAAAGGAAAAAGACAAAGAGAAGGAGAAGGAGAAAGAAAAAGAUAAAGACAAGGACAAAGAUAAAGAUAAGAGUUCAACAACGAGUGAAGAAAAAGCGCCAAUAAAGUCUAGAUCGCAAUCUAAGACUAGAAGUCUACCGCCAAUCAAGAGUGAGUCGCAUGAGAAGAGAACACCGAAACGACGGCCCCUCUCAUCCAAACUGAGUGAAAGUGGGAGUGGAAGUGCAUCUCGCGCAUCCCGACGCCCACAUGUUUCAACUGACAGUGAUAGUUCUGGUAGAGCCUCUAGAUGCGGUCUUACCAAGAAAAUGCAAAGUCGACGAAGUCAAAGCGCAAAUUCCGCCAGCAGCGGUAACACCAUAGCGUCUAACAGCAGUAAGCGGCCGCGGAAACGAAAGACAACAGAGCCAUCUACUGGUGAACCAGCCCGUAUAGGAAAUUCCAAUGUGAAAGCACAAGUUGGAGACAAACUCAAAGUGUACUAUGGUCCAACACAAUCAGAAUCUAAAGUUACCUAUGAAGCAAAGGUAAUAGAGAUAUCCGCUGAAGGAAUGUUACGCGUGCACUACACAGGCUGGAACACGCGAUAUGACGAGUGGAUAAAGCCGCAGCGUAUCGCCCUCAAUGUAACGCAACAUGACGCUCGCAAUAAGAAGAGUACUGGUGCAAGCAGGCGAGCUAGAAGCAAGAGGCCUGAAGGAACCUCUGUACGAUCAGAUACUGACAGUGAUUCAGAUAGUGACGUGGAUGUAAAGAGACCGCCCAAAAAGUCAGAUGACAAAUCAAAUCCGAAAACUCCAUUACGCACAAAGGAUGCCAAAUCAAGUGAUAGCAGCAGUUCAAGCAAGCCAAGAAAAAGGCCUGUCAGGACGGUGUCAACACCAACAAACAUCUCUCCAGCAAAGAAACCGCGAAUUAACACUACACCUCAUCAGCACCAAGGGCGGGACUAUGAUCUAAAUGAAAUUAGAUCUGAACUUAAAGGUCUACAAACCGUCAAACAAGAACCUGAAGAAAAUAUUAAGACUGAAACAAUACCGACAGAAAGUGAGGAAAACCAACCUUCCACAUCUAGUUCGGACAUUCCGCUGGAAGAAAAACAAGCUGAAGAUGUUUAUGAGUUUAAAGAACCCGAACCCUUCGAACUGGAAUUGCAUGACGAAAAGAAGAAAAGAACCCAUCGCAUAUUUGAUGACAUAUCUCCAACAAAGUACACUUCAACAUUAACUAAAUCACUUAGUGAGGAAAUUUCCGAAGAGGCAUUAAGACCUAGAGCCUCUUCAUUUAGAUCGCCUUCGUUAUCACCAUUUAGAGAAUUUGGAUCGACUCGGGAUGCUGCUGGUAGGCAGACUCCCGAAGAGGAUUCCAAAGAUGGUCUGUUUUCUCUAGAUGAUGACUCUUUGCCCGGUGAAGGAAGCUCUGGGCCUAUUUUUGAAGGAUUCACUCCUGCUAAAAACCAAGAAACUUAUUCGAAGAAAAGCAAAGUUACGAAAUUGCGGGAGUUAAUUGACGAUUCUCCAGAAAGUCCUGCUGACGACGAACGAUCAUCCGAGGAUGAGCGCGAAGUUAUCGUUAAAGAAGAAGACCGACAAGAAAGCCCUAUGACGCCGCAAUUAGAAAUAGUUAGUAGUCAGGAAGUGGCCAAGGAAGAAAUAAUAGAACAAGAGCAGAGUAAAGAAAUUCAAGAUGCAAUUACUCUUCUUAAAGAAUUACCACCUAUAGAAUCUAUCCCAAUGCCUCCCAACACACCACCCCCGCAAAGCAAACCGACAAUACCCACUACUUCAGUUACAUCUCCUAUUGAAGAUAAAGAAGAAGAAGCCGACCAUCAAAAUGAAAAAGCCAUACUCGAUCAAACUGAUCUUUUAUCCAUACCUCUCCCAAGUUCUGAACCUAAAGAGAUGUCAAGACUCAAAAUUGAAAAGUUAGACCCUGAUCCUGCAUUAUCUAAAUUAGAUGCUCCAUCCAGCCCUAUCGACACAGAAGAAGAUAAAUCAGAACCCGACAGUCCCGCAAGAAUUGAUGUUUUACCUGAACCUCCUCCGGGUUUCUUGUUACAAUCCGAAGGUCCAAAAAUAGCUGAAAAAUUACUUAAAGCUAUUAAUAGUGCCAAACGUCUUUCCAUGUCGCCACCCCCGGCAGAAGAUCGACCAAUUACACCUAAAAAGGACAGUAUUCAAAUUAAGACACCGGAAGAGAAAAAUUCUCCUGUGCCUCCUGAAAUUAGGAUGCCAACACCAAAAGGAGAAUUACUCAAACCCCCUACUAAAAUUGAAACCAGUAAAAGACUGAGUCCAGAAGAAAUAAAAGAUUCUAUAUUUGGCGAACCAUCGAACAUGACUGAUUCUAAACGCGAUGCAGCUGCUGACAUUAAAAAAGUUAAGCCAAAAGAAGCGUCGCCGCCAAGAUUGCAGAGUCCUUUAAGUAUAUUAGAGCGACGAAAGAGUGUAGCAGAUUUACCUUUGGGAGGUCCCGGGAAGAAUAAUAAAGUACUCAGUGACACCAUACAAAAACUUUCAAGUCAAAUAAACCAAUCGGUUUCGGCGGCUACUAUACCAAUACCGCCAUAUCAGCCCGAAGACAGAAGCGAAUCUACUGAUUCUGAUGACUCAGAUAGAAGGUUAAUAAUAGACAAGCUAUCAAUAGAAGAGUGGGGUAGUGGUAGCGGCAGCGGUGCGAGCGGGCGGGCGGAGCGCGGCGCGCGCGGGCCGCACGCCGGCAAGUCGCCCGGCGAGUGGAGCGCCGGAGAGACGCUGCUCAUGCUGGAGGACGCGUGCAAGAACGAGAGGAAGCAUAGUGCAAGUGUGGUAGUAGCGGGCGGCAGUCGGUCAGCGGGUGGCACUACAGCAGUCGCUACGGGUACAGCGGGCCCGGCGAGCGUGGCGGCGGCGGGCGAGGAGGACAGCAACCUGUCGCUGCUGCUGUGCGAGGAGACCAUCCCCGGGUCUCCGGCGCCGGACGCGGAGCCGGCGCCGGCGCGCCUCGCUGUGCACCUGCCGUUCGCCUGCGCGCCGCCGCACCACGAACGCUCUAAGGCGGAAGAACGUCGCAACUCAACUGGGGCACGUGAAGGCCGCGAACCCCGCGAGGCGAGCGCUGAGGGCCGGGCGCGGGAGGGCGAAGGGCGAGCGCGCGAGGGCGAAGCGCGGGAGGCGUGCGAGCACGAGCCGUGGCCGCGUCGCCACGCGCUGCUCGACAACACGCCGCCCACCACGCCCGACAGCAGCCUCGACCUGUCGCCGCACCGGGAACGCCGAAUAUCAGAAAGAGACAGUCCAUCUGAAAGAAAAGACGAUGAAGAGGACAGCAGGCCUGCGGACUCUUGUGCACUUGAUAUUGAUAAACCACAUGGCAGCGGCCGGUCGCGGCUCGCGUCGGAGAGCUCGCUGGGCGCGCGCGUGCGGGUGCGUCGCUCGCGCCGCGACACCGACGACCACCACGCGCCGCUCAAGUACAACUUCUACGUGGAGCUCGAUCCAACAUGGGACUGCCAGUCCCGUAUCAAGCUGUUGAUGUCGCGGAUGGCUGACCUGCGCAAAGCGUACCACUCGGUGAAGGCGGAACUAGCGGCCAUCGACCGACGGAGAAAGAAACUACGCAGGAAGGAGAGAGAGGCUGUCAAGGCAGCCAAAGCCGCGUGCUCAUGAUUCGACUAGUCUGCCUGGUGCAGAAAUAAUAUUCCGAAGACUUCAGUUUAUUCGUUAUAGAAUAAACACAACUAAAGCACACUUUCACACAAUAUCUCGUUGCGCCUUAGGGAUAACAAUACAUUUCGGUAUAUUAAAAUGAAUUAUAAAUAUGUUUUUACAACUUUGAACUCUAUAUUUUAUCGUUAUUUUUAUUUACACAAGUAAAGUCAUAAUUUAAUGCAUUUUUUGCUUUAAAUCUCUGAGUUUGGAUUUUAUAUUUAUUGUAAAUACAAAUAAAUAAUUUAUAAAAAAACUGAUGUUUUGCAAGUAUAAUCUUUAGACUUGUAUAUUAACGAUUUUAAUUUAAAUCAAUAAAGGUAGUGGUAUAAUA